GCCCGUCUUGUCGAUCUGGUAGCCACAUUCUUUUCAGCUGCUAUCGAAGCUGUCGCAAGUCGUAGAUCAUGAAGACUUCCACAGGAUUCCGCACACGAUUGUGAGUCCGUUGUUGCAAUCGACAGUACUCGUGAUUUCGCUAGGCGUGGCUCGCGACCUUGAAGAACAUGUCCGCAGUUGGCGUGAAACCUGCAUUUCGUAGCGUGGAAGACCGUCUGCCCAGGGCAUGUUUUGAAGCCGGUUUCCGGCUCGAAAUGCCUACGCUAUUGAGAGAUCCAGUUUAUGACUACUCUAUCAGACGGUUUGUGAUGAAGUGUAGGAGAUUCAUGUCAGACAUCAUGCAUCAUUCUUCGUCGCACUCGGGAGGCGCGAGUCUCUAUGCAUCGCUCAGACCGCUGUCUUCUCGCAAUCUGCAUGUGCAGUCUAAAGGCUCGCACAGUGCUCAUAAUUACAAGGAUGGGCACACGAGAAGUGCGAGUCGGACUCAUGCGAUUGGCGGUCGGGUGAUCUUCCCUAUAUGGAAAUGUCGGUUGACCGGCAAUUACAACACCUUAUUACUUGGCCUAUAUGUAGGGCCUUCUUGCCACUACCCCGCAUUCCGCUCCGCCGAAACUACCUCAAGAUGAGACCCUCAGCAGUACGCUUGCUCAACAUUCUGGUGCCCAUCAAAAGGCACGUCGUAGCCUGUGGGUGGGGCGGAGAAACGUGGCUAACACGGUCAUUGCAGGACGGUUGACUAUGCGGUGAAGGUCCGCGUGAAUCCCGACCAGAAGGGCGUCGAUCUCAAUGUCAAGCAUUCCAUGGUGUGUUUGCACUUGCUUU